GAUAUCCUGUGACUUGAAGGGGAAGAUGCAGCUGUAUCCAAUCAAUUUACUAACCCAUUUCCUCUGUUGGUUUGCUAGGGCUCCUAACUCCAUACCACUUUGUUGCUCGAGCCACUAGUUGCGUGUGUCAAUCACCAUGUCCCAAUGAAUCUGAGAUGUAAUACGCUUUGUCUGGAUAUGAAUGUUGAGAAAUACCCUGUCUUCCUCCCAACAGAUAAUCAGCUGGAGUUCUAUAAAGCCAAAGGUUUCCGGACUCAGAGCAAAAUCACCAGGCAUAAACACACAGUCUUCAUUCUAUCUUAUUCAGCAACCUAACCAUGCUUACCAUUGAGGAAAUUCGUGCUCUUGGAAAUGUUCAUCCAGAAUUUGAGCCCAUCAUCAGAGCUCAUAACCCAAUGCUUAAUGGAUGGGAUAUGAACACUGACCUGGAAUCUUUUCGCGAAAUGAUGGCUCAGGUGAAACAAUAUCGGCCCAAGCCUGAUCCAGACACACUUUCGUAUCACACGAAAGACUUCAAGAUUCCUCUGAGAGAUGGUUUUGAAGUUGACGCCAGAUCAUACGUCCCUGACGGUGAUGUGCCAACUGACGGACGUCCUGGGCUUGUCGUCUUUCACGGUGGUGGCUUCGUUACAGGUGACCUUGACACUGAAGCAGGACUAUGUGCCGAGUUCACAAAGCUUGGAGGCAUUGCUGUAAAUAUUGAUUACCGCCACGCUCCUGAACAUGUGUUCCCCCAAGCUAUCAACGAUGCCUUUGAUGCUACUGUUUGGGUAUCUCAAAGUGUGGACAAGCUUGGAAUCAACCCGUCCAAAGGCUUCAUCAUUGGUGGUACCAGCUCAGGCGCCGAUAUCUCUUUGACUAUCUCCCAUCUAUAUAGCGAAGCCGAGACCUUGCACCCCCUGACGGGUGUUUAUGCUCCAAUCACUUCUGGUGUGAACGACCAGACGGUGCCUGAAAAGUACAAGGAUUACUUCAUCAGUUACGAACAGAAUGCCAAGGUCCCCGUGUUUAACGCAGAGUCGAUGAAAUUCGUUCACUCCAAAUAUAGGCCUGACCCAAAGAGCCCUCUCGCAUUUCCGGUUGCAUUCCCCAGUCAUGCAGGCCUUCCCAAGACUUACUUUCAGGCUUGUGGGAUGGACCCUGUCAGAGACUGCAGUAUUGUGCUUGAGCAAGUCUACAAGGACGAGGGAGUACCUACAAAGAUUGACAUCUACCCUGGUCUGCCUCAUGCGUUUUGGGCUAUAUUUCCAGAACUCGAGAUAUCACAGAAGCGUGAGCGGGAUGCCGUCGAGGGUCUAAAGUGGUUGCUGGCUGGGUAAAGACCCUAGACUAUGUCUAUGCCAUGAAUAAUUCGGUAUCAUUUAGUUUCAAUGAGUCAGACAAGUGCAUUGAUAUGUUGAAUCAACAUUGAUAUUCGUGUGCUUCCGCGCGUGCGAAAUGGUUGACGGCACAGGUGACGUAGACCAGCCGUGUAAGUGGGCAAUUGAGGCACUCCAGACUCAAGCAGCGGUGGCCAAAAGUAGAAAUCUUUCAACGUCUUGGAAAAGAAAGAAGAAUAUAACAACAAUAGCUUUUAGAAACUAUUCACUAAUUUGACUAUUUGCUAAAAAAUUGAAGUUUCAAG